CUCAUGCGGCAAAAUAAAGAUGGCGGACAUAGCCGUCAGCAUGAAGGCGUAUGCCAAACUUUUGCUUCAUGCGGCAAAAUAUCCUCAUUGUGCUGUAAAUGGACUUCUGUUAGCUGAAGACUCAAAAACAAGCAAAGAGAAGAAACAAAUAAGAUUCGUAGAUUGCAUUCCAUUAUUUCACCUUUCUCUCAGUUUAGCCCCCAUGCUUGAAGCGGCUCUUCUUCAGAUAGACUCGUACUGCAAGAGUAAAGGUUAUGUGAUUGGAGGUUAUUAUCAGGCAAAUGAACAUCUGACAGACAAUGGGUUAAACAAUGUUGCAAGACAUAUUGGUAGGAAAAUACACGACUAUUAUCCUGAAGCAUGUAUAUUUAUGAUUGACAAUAAUAGACUCAAUCCAGAAAGUGUGUCGGAAGUUUAUAGAGUUUUUACAAUGAAAGAGGCAGGCUGGAAAGAGUCUGAUAAAAGACAAACCAUAGAUGAGGAUACUUUACAAACAGCUGCAGUUUUAUUAGAACAGGAACAAUACAGACAUUUAGUGGACUUUGACAAUCAUUUAGAUGAUGUUGCAAAUGACUGGAGAAACACGAAACUCAAUGAAAUUAUAGACAGAUGUCUAUAGUACUAGAUAAUAGCUUGAUUUCAAAACUAGGUAUACAAGAGGCAUUUUUAAUGUAGAUAAAAGUCAGAUUGAAAACUGGAGUGUCCAGGGACUACACAAACAGUCUGGUAUACAUAUACCAAGGGAAAAUGAAAUUGCCCAUUGGGCAGGCAUCUAGGUGCAUAACUCAAAACAACCUUAAAUAAAGUGGAAAUGAUUUUGGAAGUACUUUGUUUAACAGCAGUACAUGAUUAUAAUGAAGGAAUUUCAUCUGUCGGCAUGCGGAAAUGUUUUGUCAGGGAUCAGAAGACUAAAACUAUGUAAGGGGUCCUUGAACAAUUGUCUAUUGAGGAUUUAGGUGAUAAUCUAGUUUUAAGUUGAGACUGGAGACCAGUCUCAAAAUGCGACAUUGCUAUUGGUUGAUUUCAAGAUGAGGCUCAGAAACAACCAAUCAGAUGAGAGAGUUUUGAGAAUAGUCUUUGGUCUCAGUUUUGAAAGGGAUUGAAAGGGCUAUUACAUCAAAGAGGUUUAUGUAUCUUGAAUCAUAUGAAGGUAAUAACUAUUACAGAAAGAAGUAGCUUUAGGUAAGAAAUGACAUGAAAAUAUAUUAUGUUUUUAAAGUGAAAUGUUUGUUCAAUCUAACUACAGCAAAAUUUGCUCAAACUGAAGUUAAUAAAAAUACAAAGUACAGGAAAUUAUUACAAGCCAAUUGAUACUAAAACCAUUGAGAAUAAGGCGUAUAUGGAAGGCUUACCAGAACAAUAACUUGCCUUCCUCUUAAAGUUCAGUACCUCUCGGGCAGAGUGGCUAAAGUCCUGACUCUUUUUAAAGUUCAGUACUUCUCAGAAAGAGUGGCUGAAGUCCUGACUUUGUAUCACUUGUCCUUGCUGAUGAGGUUUCAAAGGCUCACUUGGGGUGUACAAUUCCUUCAUGUGAGGAAGCAAUUCAGCUGACUUACUGUGUGGUGGUUUGGUACUACCCUGAUGCCCACACAGGCAUGAAAUAAUAAUAAUAAUACUGUUAAAAGCUUUAAAUUUGCCAUAUGACCUAUAAUUGAGUCUGUGUGAUGUUAAACACAACAAAAAAAAAAGAUAUGUGACUUUUGUACUUUAUGAACGGAGUUUCAUUCUUCUUAUGAUGUUUAAAGACCCACCACAGAAGAAUGGUAUUCUGUUGUGUUUCCAUGAUAGUAAUUAUGUCUCCCACCACACAGCUUGUCACAACAAAACAGCGAGAAAAGAUUUAGCAAGUUAUGAGAAUACAACUAUUCCAUUAGGACCUUAAUUUUUAGCUCAUCUGAUUUUUUGAAAAAAAAUGAUGAGUUAUUGUCAUCACUUGAUUGGCGUCGGCGUUGGCAUUGCCUGGUUAAGUUUUAUGUUUAGGUCAAUUUUUCUCCUAAACUAUCAAAGCUAUUGCUUUAAAACUUGCAACACUUGUUCACCAUCAAUAGCUCAUUCUGUACAGCAAGAAAUAUAACUCCAUCCUGCUUUUUGCAAGAAUUAUGGCCCCUUUAGACUUAGAAAAUAUCAGAUUUCUUGGUUAAGUUUUAUGUUUAGGUCAACUUUUCUCCUAAACUAUUAAAGCUAUUGCUUUGAAACUUGCAACACUUGUUCACCAUCAGAAGCUGACUCUGUACAACAAGAAACAUAACUCCAUCCUGGUUUUUGCAAGAAUUAUGGCCCCUUUUAGACUUAGAAAAUAUCGGAUUUCUUGGUUAAGUUUUAUGUUUAGGUCAACUUUUCUCCUAAACUAUUAAAGCUAUUGCUUUGAAACUUGCAACACUUGUUCACCAUCAGAAGCUGACUCUGUACAACAAGAAACAUAACUCUAUCCUGGUUUUUGCAAGAAUUAUGGCCCCUUUUAGACUUAGAAAUUAUCGGAUUUCUUGGUUAAGUUUUAUGUUUAGGUCAACUUUUCUCCUAAACUAUUAAAGCUAUUGCAUUGAAACUUGCAAAACUUGUUCACCAUCAGAAGCUGACUCUGUACAACAAGAAACAUAACUCCAUCCUGGUUUUUGCAAGAACUUUUGGACUUAGAAAAUAUCGGAUUUCUUGGUUAAGUUUUAUGUUUAGGUCAACUUUUCUCCUUAACGGUCAAAGCUAUUGCUUUAAAACUUGGAGCAGUUAUUCGCCAUUAAAAGCUGACUUUGUACAACAAGUACCAUAACUCUACAUUGCUUUUUGCAAGAAUUAUGGCCCUUUUUGAACGUAGAAAAUUAUGGUAGGACAAUAUACAGAGACAAAAAAAAACAGAUGAGCGUCUGCACCCGUAAGGCGGUGCUCUUGUUUUAAUUUUCCACUUAUCAUUUAUUGGUACAGCUGUAUAUUACUGUAUCGUCAGAAUGAUUUUUAUGAAGUUCAUGUGGAGAAAAAAGUAGGUGAUUUCUUUUGUGUUGGGUCUUUAACAAAAUGUAUUUCAGAUAAAAAAUGACCUUCUAUUGAUUUGCCAAGCUACCACAGGCAUCAAUGUCCAGUCUGCUACAGACUUUGGAAAGUAUUCAAUUUGAUGCUUUUCUGUUAUAACAUACAAGAUGAAAGUGUAGUCGCUUUCAAGUUACUCUGAUAUGAUGAUUAUAUUCAAUAUUUCAGCUACUUUUAUUGUUAUUACAGCAAAAUAAGGAAAUUGGUGAAUUCUGUGGAGUGUAUUGUUGAUGUUUUGCGUUCAAAAAAGACAAUAUACAAAGGUUGAGUUUGUUUUAUGUUAUAGUGAUUCAGAUAUUCUUUCAUUGAACAUAUUUCUUAAGUUUUUUCACCAUUGUUAGGAAGGACCAUUACACUGCCAUUGAUUUGUUAGUUAACAUUUUUGUAAAUCUAACCAAAAUACAUUAUGUAUUUAGUGUUCCGUUUUCAUGUUGAACUGUACAACCCUGUCAGAGAAUGAAAGUAUGAAUUUGACAAAAUGCUGGAAUAAAAUAUUGACUUUAUUAGGUUUACUUGUUGUAUUAAGUGCAAGAAAAUACAUAUAGCCGCAGCAACAAGUUUAGAAUAUAUUGAGUAUCAAGAAAAGUUCCAUUGUUAUAAUGUGCAGGAUACUGGUUUUAACCUUUAGCCUGGCCUGAUGGCAAGUGAUUCUGCCUUUGCGACCAGUGCAGAUCAAGAUCAGCCUGCAUAUCCAUGCAGGCUGAUCAUGAUCUGCACUGUUCGCUAUUCAGCUAGUAAAUUUUCAGUGAAUACCCCUUCAAAUGAUAUAUGGUAUUUCCUGAAUUGAAUAAUGGACCAAUCCAUUUUAGAAAUUUAGCAGGUUAAAGGUUAAAAUGAUAUUUUUAUUUACUGGUAGUGUUGACUUCCUUGUUACUCAUGUUGUCAAGUCAAUAUUUGUCUUUGCUGACAUUUUUGGAUGUGUGUAUGUCUUUACAGCCAAAAUCUUAUUCAAGAACACCUUUAAAGCACCAGGUAAACUGAAGUAUUAUUAACUUCUAUAAAUUAAAGACAAAAUUUUAGGCUAGUGCAAACUUGUAUUUCUAGCAAAUGUCUAACAGCUCAGUCAGUCUCUGGAGUGGAAACGUAGUUCAUAAUUGUAUAAAGUACUAUGACUGCAUGUUUUAUACUCGUAACAUGUAAUAAUAAACAGUAGAAAAAUAUUUCAAUAACAAAGCUGAGCAAUGUCUAAACUACAGUUACAUCGUCUGUCUUUUCAUUUUGGUAAUUUGAAAAUUGUUAAAAUGAUGUUUUGAAAGUGUUUUUUCUUUUCAUUAAUACAAUAAUUGUUUUUUAUAUCAUAUGUAUAAUGAAGGACAAGAAUUGCAUAAUGAAUGACGGAUUAAGUGAAAAUGAAUUCAUGUGAUUAACUGUUACUUGAUGUGUGUGUGUUUUUAUUUUGUAGUGCAAUACCUAAGAUUACACAAACUAAAGACACUCAUCAUAGACUUUUAAUUCUGGACUUAAAAUUGAAAAAACGGUAAAAAGUUCUAAAUUGACAUAUUUUAACUGGUUUUAUUUGUAACAGUAUCAUUAAAAUUAUUACCCCCCUGCCCCCCAUCCCCUUCAAAGAAGAAAGGGUAUAUAACUUUGCUCACUGUUGGUCUGUCUGACAGUAGACAAUUCGGUUUUGUAUCAUUAACUGUAGAAUGCUUGGUCUCAUAUUAGAUCUUCAUGUGAUGAUUACGUGUGUUACGUAGAUGACCCUUACUACUUUGGAAGUCAGCAGGUCAAAGGUCAAGGUCACAGUGCCCUUGAGACUGGAAACCGUUUCUACUCAAUAACUAAUUGUUGGAAAACGCUUUGGUCGGAAUUUGUUAAACUUCAUAGCAUGCUUGCAUGUGGUCAAAAAAUGACCAGUUUUGUUUUGGUCAGGUCAUACUAUCAUCAGAUGCCUGUGGUCAGUAGGUGACCCCUAUUGUUUUGGUGGUUGGUAGGUCAAAGGUCAAGUUCACAGUAAAAACUGUCUGCUCAAUAUCCAAAGAAUGCUUUAGCUAUCAAUCUCCAUAGGAUGGUUGCCUGUAAUAAUUCAAUAGAUGACCCCUGUUGCUUCUAAAGUCAUUUAAGUUCUUUUUAAUCUUUGACUUGUCUUUUUGUCUGUUGUUAUUAGCAAAACUUUGAGUUUGAUCAGGUAUUUUCCAUUGUAGAUCGUUGCUUUUUGCAUUUACAGUUUUGUUUUCAUUAUUUCAGAACAUCUUGAGUUAGCAUUUUUAAAAUUUGGAGAUUUUCCACCAGAAUAUUUACACAGAGUUUUCUAUCAUCAUUUUGUGGUCUGAAGCAAACACGAAAAGUACGAAAAUUAGUUCCCCUUGAUUAAUAUUGAUUUCACAAUAUUGGAAUUGAUUUGUACCAUAGAUUGCAUACCAUUUUUUCUGCAUUAGUUUUUAUUUAAAUGUUAAGUAAGAGUUUUGUUCAGCUGUUGUGAUGUAUGUUUUUAUGUUGUUUGUUGAAAUUAUUCAAGACAAUUUUUGUGUGUUUUUUUUUCUCUAAGAUUCACUCCAAUGUGUUCAAUAUUUAUUGUGACAUAUUUUGAUAGUGCUUAGAUUUUUGUGUGUGUUUAAUUGGUCAUUUUCUGUUAUAAGACAUUUUUAUUGAAGAAAUAACUUGGGAAGUAACCGUUG